AUGAAACUCACAGUCGCUGUAUUGACAUCACUUUUGGUCGCUUGCUCGGUUACUACAGCCAAUCCAAUUCUUCCCAGUGCGACUACAAGUACUGAAUCUAGCUCUUUGCCAGCUCCUAAUGGAAACGGUAUAGGCUUACAAGGUCUUGAUUCACUUCCAGCUGAAGUCGAGAGCCUGCUCGAAAAAUACUCAAAAAAGCGAGGCAGAUAUUCUAUACAAUUAGAAUUAUGCAAAUCAAUAGAAUCUCAAUUUACCGAGCAUCAGGGAUUGGUAAAGCUUCUGGAAAAAGAGGUUGGAAAAUUGAGAACUGUACUUCAAAGUGGUGACGGCGAUCUAAGACGUGGUCGUAAUGGUAAAAUGGAAGGAUUCAAGGCUGAUCUUGAAAACCUAUACUCCAAAUACUCGAAGAUUGAAAGAGAAAAGCAAGAUUGCGAUCUCGAUAUUAUAAUACUUGAGAAUGAGCUGAAUUUCCUCAAAGUAGACCUCGUGAAGCUCGUUUUCGGAGUGCCUUACAAUGCUAAAUUGCUUGAUGAACAAUUUUGGGAAAUCCUCGCACAUUCUACCGUUGAUGCUUAUUUGGAAACAUGUGAUGGAGAACAAUCAUCAGGAUGCAAAAAGAGUUCUGCUCAAGCUCCUAGUGAUCAACAAGAAAGUCAAGCUCCACAACCAUCACCUGAAGCAUCACCAGAAACAUCAUCACCUGAAGCAUCACCUGAAGCAUCACCUGAAUCUAGUUCCAUGGGACAAACACUUUCCACUAUUGGGAGUAAUGUUGUUUCCAGAGUUAGCGGUGGGGCUCAAUUCCUUUGGGGUCAAAUCAUGCAUGACAACUAA